GUUCGGGAACGAUCUUCCCACACGUGUGACUCCUAUCAACUUGAAAAGAACAAGAUGGCAAGCACCAACAGCCAUCGCAGCUGUCCCAUGAAUGGACAUCUGGCAGUGAACGGAAAGCAACAGACCGUCCCUGAGGAGGAUCCGAUGGCAAACUUUAUCCGUCCCGAUCAACCAUCUCGGUGUACCUGGUCGCUUGGUACGACAGAAACUAGCCCGCACCACCAUGAACCACUUGGUCCGAAGCCGUCAGUGCUGCCUUCGAUUCUGGAAGCUGUCGGGGGAACACCGUUGGUGAAGCUCAACAAAAUUCCCCAAUCGCUGGGAUUGAAAUGCAAUGUUUACGUUAAAUGUGAGUUCCUUAAUCCGGGCGGAUCGGUGAAGGAUCGCAUUGGAGUGCGGAUGGUGCUGGAGGCAGAGCGGCAGGGGCUAUUAAAGCCUGGCUGUACCAUUAUUGAGCCGACGUCCGGUAAUACAGGAAUCGGACUGGCGAUGGCUGCUGCCGCCCGGGGUUACCGUUGUUUGAUCGUGAUGCCGGAAAAGAUGUCCAACGAGAAGGUGGAUACGUUGAAAGCGCUCGGUGCGGAAGUCAUUCGCACACCAACGGAGGCAGCGUUCGACUCGCCCGAAGGCUUAAUCGCCGUGUCGCAGCGUUUGCAGCGUUCCAUCCCAGACUCGAUCAUACUCGACCAGUACCGUAAUGCUGGAAAUCCGUUGGCCCAUUACGAUGGUACGGGUGCGGAAAUUGUGGAGCAACUGGGUGGCCGAGUGGAUAUGGUCGUAAUCGGUACGGGAACCGGCGGAACCAUGACCGGUAUCGGACGUCGAAUUAAAGAAUCCUGUCCCGACUGUCAGGUUAUCGCUGCCGAUCCGGAAGGUUCGAUUCUGGCUGAACCGGAAGAGCUAAACCAGACGGAUGUGAGCUUCUACGAGGUGGAGGGUGUCGGGUACGACUUCCUACCGACCGUACUCGAUCGCACUGUGGUGGACCGGUGGUAUAAAUUUAAUGAUCGGGUAGCACUGCCCCUCGCAAGACGGUUGAUUCGUGACGAAGGUCUGCUGUGCGGUGGUAGCAGCGGAGGCAACCUGUUCGUGGCACUCGAGGCGGCCAAGGACCUAAAAGAGGGACAAAAUUGUGUUGUCGUCCUGCCGGAUAACAUUCGCAACUAUCUGACCAAAUUUGUUUCGGACAACUGGAUGGAGGCACGAUACUUCAAAGAGUCGGAGAAUUGCUAUAAUCAGAAGUGGUGGAAUGAAAAAGUAAGGACAUUGCCUUUAGAAACUCUUUUAACUGUGCGUGAUGAUGUGCCUAUCAAUGACGCUAUUGCGACGAUGAAGCAAAACAAUCGCACCCAUCUUCCUGUUGUGGAUGGCACAGGUGCCAUCAAGGGUGUGGUGCAUCUACCAAACCUUUUGAGCAAACUGCUCAAUCGCUUGGCGAAACCAUCUGACCUCGUGCGUCGGGCCAUCUUUAAGCAGUUUGUUAAGAUCGACCACGAGGAAAACAUCGGUCGUGCAUCGCGCAUUUUGGAAAAGGAUAGCUUUGUACUAGUUACUCGCCAAGAACUAGGUGCUACACCUACCGAACGGCUCGUGGGAGUUCUUACACAGCGCGUAUUGUUUGACUUUGUUGCAGAUCGCACUGCAACUGUUGACAAUGAAAAUGGAAACUAA